AUGGGUUUUGGUGUUAAAUGGAUGAAUUGGAUGGAGUUGUUGAUAUUCAAUAGUAAGAUGUCAGUGCUUAUUAACGGGAGUCCCACGAAGGAGUUUAUUGUUCAUAAGGGGUUGAGGCAAGACGAUCCUCUUUCUUUGUUUCUUUUUGUUUUAGUAGCGGAAGGUUUAACGGGUCUUGUUAAACAAUAUAUCGAAGUGGGGGAAUUUCAAAGAUUUGAUAUUAAGGAUUCUUGUUGGGUUGACAUUCUCCAAUUUGCGGAUGACACUUUGAUUGUGGGAGAUGGAAAUUGGAAACAUUCUAGGGCUAUGAAAGUGGUCGUUGGUUUGUCGCAAGUUUUUGAAGAAAUUGAUGACGACGACCACAGUGAAGUCGAUGUUAUCAACGACGCAGAAAAAGAAGAUGAGACACUUGUUGACUUUAUGGUGAAUGAUGACUUUGCAGACCAAGAGCAUGAGCUAUUACUCAUUAGGCAUAUGUAUAUUCUUCCCAUUCACAUGACAAACAUGAACUUGAAAGAAGACGAACCAACCUUAGAUAUAUUUCACAUUUCGUAUAGGAAGACUGAGGAAGCGUUAAAAGUUGGAGACAUAUUUCGUAUAGAAGAAGAAUGUAUAAGAGCUCUAAAAAAUUUCACAUGGAAAUUUCUCCGGAUUUUACUAUAG